AUGCCAAGAACAAGAUCAACCGUGAACCGUGGCACCUCCACCACAAAGAAGGCCGAAACAAAUCCACCCCCAGAGGUCCCAAAACCAUCACGCGAGCAAAAGGCCAAAGUUGUUAAAAAGCCCCGUCCUAAGAAAGGAAAGGAGACAAGCAAUGACAGUACGGCAUCUUCUAUAAGCGUUGGAUCCAAAAUUCCAUGGACCAAUAGCUUUGGAGGGGCAAUCUAUCUUCACGAUGGAACCAAAACCUCGCUGAAGCAGCUAGUGGAGAAGAGCCACAACGGGCUAAUUGUCUACGUGUACCCAAAAUCUCGUGAUGAUGAAUCGGACGACCUACACGGCGAGAUGGACCACUCUCAGCUGGACUUGGAAUCGUUAGAAAUGGACACCAUAGGCAUCUAUCGAGAUACUGUAUCGUCAAUUGCUGAGUUUAUGGAAGAACCUGGAUCGGGGGUGCCUAUUGCCAGCAAUUUGAGCGGAUCAUUGAUGAAAGCAAUGUCGCUUACUUCACCCAAGGGGGUUCUCAAACAGGGAGCGUUUAUUAUAUCGAAAGAAGGAAUUCUCUUGGGACGCACGGUUGGAGGAAAGGUAGAUAAGAUUAUGGACGACGUAUGGAAGAUGAUACAUAUUAUCAAAGAGGAAAGAGGCGAGGAAGAGGAUUGGUAG